ACCAGAAAGCGGCUUGAGAGAGCGGAGCAUAGCGCCAGACGCUGCUAUGUCACCCUCAAAAAGGCUGGCGUCGCUCUUUAUAGGUCCACGGAAACGACUGCCCGGUUUAUUUGCGCCUGCGCAGAGCACACACACAAACACACAAGGGGAGAAUGUUCCGGGUAAACACUGUGGGACGUUUCAUAAGGGUCAGCCCGUACACCGCGCUGUCCUUGAAAGCCUUGUGUGUCCGUCAACAGCACACUAGCAGUGAAUCUGCAGACGGCUACUAUGGCAGUCUGUACCCCGGACAUAUUCCCACCACCGUUCUCCAGAAAGCCCUGUUGGCUGUCGGCUCAGGGGUCGCCGCACUGCAGAAUCCUUACAGGCAUGACAUGGUGGCCGUCCUUGGAGAGACCACAGGGUACCCGGCUCUGAUUCAACUCAGAAACCGAAUGAGAGACGAUCCAGAAGGGGACAUAAUCCUUACAGAAAGGCCAAGAAUCCGUCUGUCUACACUGGACCUGAACAAGAUGGCUUCCCUGCCUGACGGCUCGUUUGGAAGAGAGUACCUCCGAUUUCUUGACGACAAUAAAGUGACGCCAGACUCGCGGGCAGAGGUGAAGUUUGUUGACGAUGAGGAGCUGGCGUAUGUGAUGCAGAGAUACAGAGAGGUGCACGACCUGUUGCACACGAUACUGGGCAUGCCCACCAACAUGCUGGGUGAGGUGGCGGUGAAGUGGUUUGAGGCGGCUCAGACCGGGCUGCCCAUGUGUGUCCUUGGAGCCACGCUGGGUCCGCUGCGUCUCAGCUCAAGUCGCCUGGGGGCCCUGUUCAGCUCCCUGGGCCCUUGGGCCCUGCAGAACGGCCGGGGGGCCCGCUGUGUGCUCAGCAUCUUCUACGAGCGGCGCUGGGAGCAGAGCCUGGAGGACCUGAGGGGGGAGCUGGGCAUCCAGCCGCCACCCCUCCUGGGCAGAGCCUCCCCCUGAGCCCCCCCCCACCCACUGAGGCCUGGGGGCACAUGACCCCUCCGGACAGGCGUCGACGGACCAGAAACCUCUCUGCUCGAAGCAUGAUUGGUGGCUCUAACAAUGGACGUGAAGGGUUCUUCAGUUGAAACUUCGGACGAACUCAAGCUGUGUGCUCAUGGUGGUGUCCGUUACAGAAGGGUAUUUUUGUCGGUCAGUCAUCCUUUAUGAAAGGUGAAGGACAAUUCGGAGAAUUUAACAGAGCAUAGUGAAAUUUGAAAAAAAUGUAUUUUUAAGAUUCAAGGGUUUUAUUGGUCACAUGCAUGAAAAAUGUCUGUUUCAGCUUGUUAUUUAUAGAGCUCUACUCAUGGCCAGAACUAUUUAAAGCUGUGCAUUGAAGUUAUGCAUUCCAAUGUUAAGCUUUUGAUUAUUUACUUUUGUUAAUUUUUUCACCCUUGGAAGCUAGGUGCAUAGCUACAACUCAUAACAGACAAUAUUGUUCAUUUUUGUGUCGUCAUGGAAUUUAAACGGCUUGUUUUGAAUAUAAAACAUCUAAACUUUGACACCCCAAUUUGACUCUUGGUUCAAAUCGAUCGAUUACUCAACCAAACUGAAAAAAUGUAUAACGUAUUGCUAAUGUGUUCAGUCAAAUGUUUAAGUGGUUUAAAUCCUAAUUUGACAAUGCUGCCACCUUUUGGAAUUCGGCAGCCACUGCAAGAGGGGUGCUUUCCAUUUGUAGGAAGCUUGUCUCGCAAAGCCAGACCAAAUUUCAGCAAGUAGAAUGGUUUGGAACCACGCUAUUUAAAGCCGUCUAUCCGGGGGGAAA